AUGGGCUGCACCGGUUCGAAGAACAAGGAGAAGAAGCCCGAUGGCAAAAACGCGGCCGACGGCGCCGCGCCGGGUGGAACGCAGCCACCGCCGCAAAACAAGGGAGAUGCGGCGGCGCAGCCGAACGGCGGUGACUCGGCCCCGGCAGCCGACAAGGCAGCCGCGCAGCAGGCAGCCUUAACGCCGAGCAACAAGUCUGUAGAAGCCCCCGCGGGUCGUGCGAACGGCAAGACGGACGCGGGUUCUACGGCAGCCCCAGGCAAAGGGCCGCGCAGUGGUAACUCGGACGCCGGCGGCAGCAACGGCGAAGUCGACGAGGACGGCAACCCGGUGGUGCUGCCGAAAGGCGAUUGGGUGAAGACGGAGGGCACGCCCUACUACUACUCAGCGACGGAAAAUCUGUACUACCACCCGCCUAGCUGUCAGUUCUAUGACCCAACGAACGAGAUGUGGUACGACCCCGAGAAGGAUGAGUGGUACCACGACGACGCCUCGGACGAGGAGGCCGCGAAGACUUCGUAG